AUGUCCCAACUGAUUCCAAAGUUCUCAAAAGGAGAGAAUGUCGUGUGUGUCUCCAAAGGCACCCCCUACAAAGCAAAAGUGAUCAAUAUCACCACAAAACAUGGAGCAGAAUGCUAUAUUGUGCAUUUUGACGGCUGGAAUUCCAGAUAUGACGUGGCAAUUGAAAUAGGCAGUGAGAAUGGAGAGCUAUUCAAAGGGACCGUGGAGGAGUACCAAGCAAAAAUGGGCGGAGCUUCCAUCCCAUCGACUUCUGGAGUAGCUGUUGUCAAGGCUGCAAAGACUACAAAGACUACAAAGACUACAAAGACUACAAAGACUACAAAGACUACAAAGACUACAAAAGUGCCAAAAACCUCGAAAACCACGAUUUCCAAAAAGAAGUCAGCCAAAAAGGUCCAAAAGGUGGUCGCCAAUAAAGCUGAGCAAUCCGAUGGCUCUGAUGAAUUCUAA